AAAUAAGAAAAAAUAAACAGCUAAGAAACUCCAGCUGUAACUGCAGCAAGUAAAGUACAACUUCAACAAUGCUCUUUUCUGGUUCAAUGUGCGAAUGAGUUCCGCAUCUCAGUUUUUUCAUAUUAUAAAUAGUAAAGUUGAUGCUUCCUGCAAAUAGAGAUUCUUUGUUCUAAUAUAGCCUGGAUCGUCUAGACUUUUAUUUCCAUACCAGGUGUCUUGUCCCUGUAAGAAUGCAAAUAAGAGAGAAGCAACAUUCCAUGGUUAUGAUGCCAAUUCUGCUAUAUCUUAUUUAACAGGCCAUCUAAAGAACAUCAUUUCUUAAACUGGUCCAUAUAACUAUUUAUAUUGCCUUUCCAUCACAGGCUAAAAAGCUAAACUUCUCAUGCCAACUUUCCACCAAAAGAAAAGAUAAAAAAAAAAAAAAAUGUUAUGUUUUCCCAAUUAUCAAUUCUUUUACAGAACCACCACUUAAUUCAUUACAGCUGUAACUUGACAAUUAACAUAAGAUUGUAACUCCUGAAGGAGUUAAAUUCAGAAUACAACUUUGGAAGAUCACAAAUCUUUUGUCCAAGAAGUAAUGCAGGCGUUUGGUAGAAAAUACAUAAUAAUAAGAGACAAAAAGAUCUUUAAAAUCCUCUGAGAAUAUAAUUAUUUGGUGAAAAAUUAAAAAGCAUUUAUUUACUUUUAAACCUGCUAAUUGCUAAUAUUCAGAAAAGAAAAGAAAAAGGACCUAUAACUCUUUCCUUCCAGUAUCCAGCCAACUUACUGACUUAUUUCCAUAAACAGAAAAAACACAAACAGAAACACUCAGAGUAUCUGUACAGAUAUGACUCAUUUAAUCAGACAGGCAAGGACGAAUCUUUCCUUGCCAUUUGCGGAGAGAAAGUAAGGACAUAAAUGCCUGAAAGAAAGAACAGCGUCAUGGAAGAGAUGUGCAUUUGAGGGUUGGUGGUGUUUUUGAUAGGAAAGCAGUCACCUUGUUCUUGAUCAGAGUUUCUUCAUCUACUGAAAGCCUAGGCAUUGCUGGAACUAUUGAUAUCCUCUUGAAAUUAGCUGAGUUCCAAGUUUGUUUGCUGCUGUAUUGUUUUUCCGCACUCUUGAAAUGAUAAUGGCAAGUAGGGCAAUAUCUAUGCUUUGAUUCUCCAGAGAAAGUUAGUCUUUUCUGGAUCCUUUAGAUGUUUGCCAACUUUAAAAUGGGAGAGGAACUGAAAUUCCAGCAGCGCUGGGAUUUUAGGAGGGGUGACAGUGACUUUGAUUCUUCAAGCUAUGAUUCUAAAUCCAGUUUAGGUGGUGAACCAGCUCAUAAAAAGCAUAGACUGGCCCUGAUUCCUGUUAACAAUGAUGAAAUUGAUGCUACUACUAGAUUUCAGCAGAAGGGCGAUAAUGAUCCUGGAAUUUCAGGUCAAAUUGUACCUGGAAAAGCUGAGGAAGGGAAAAGAGGAAGAAGUAAAAAUGUCAACUUGGCUCCAAAUAAAAAGAAGAGAAGAACUCGAAAAGGAGCAGCUCGGAAAAAGGGUAAAACUAAAACUAGUGUCGAUGAGCAUGCUGCUUUGGAUGAUCUCAAAAACUACAUGAACUCUUUGCUGGAAGAACUUAAAGUUACAAGAAAGAAUUUGGUAUCAUGGAUGAAGGAAGAGAUGGCGAAGUUGGUGGAAGAGGAGAAAGCUUCUGAAUCAGAAAGGAAAGAAGGCAGUUUUAGAGGAGAGGAAAACCAAUUGAAGUAUCAGAACAACUCUGAGGAGAAUGCUCGCGUUCAAUACCAAAAUCUCUUUGGUAAGAACAUCCAAGUCCAGCAUCAGAAUAACUUUGAGGACUAUAGUCAGUUGCAUCACCAGAGCAAGUUUGAGAAAAAUGUCCAGACGCAGCAGAUAAUCAACUUGGAAGAGAACAUUGAAUUACAGCCUCAAAAGAACUGUAAGGAAAAGGUUCAAGUGCAGCGUCAUAACAAGAUCAGAACUGGUACAGGCGGUCGAAGUUGCAAUGGCGGACCUUCUCAAAGGUAUAGUAGAAACAAGAAAUUGGCUGAUUCUAACAACACUCCAGUACUUGAAGAUCAAGCUGAUUAUAGUCGCGCGAUUGUCUUGUUGACACCAACUGAAGGGAAUGGGGAAGAUAGAUUGGCAUUACCUGACAAGUCAAUUUCUAAGUUUGGCCCCUCAGACUCGAAUCUGCAAGCACAGCAACAGAAGAGCAUUGUCUUAGGCAUAAGAGCUCAAAAUUGCAACGGUGGAUCCCCAGUGAAGUCUGCAAAAGGCAAAAGAGCUGCUAAAUCUAAUGAUCACUGCCAAGUGCCCAAUGAUCAAGUUGAUUUCAGCCAAGGUAUUGGAUUCAUAGCUCCAACUGGGAAGGACAAAGGAGAAAGAUCAAGAUUAUAUAUGGAGCCAAACUUUUCUUCUAAUUCCUUCAAUCAGACAGCUUCAUCGAUGUACUUAACGUUACCAACUGUACUAGCGAAUCCUCAUAUUCAAAAUCAUAGACCUGAUACUUCUUCAAUUAACUAUUUUCAACCAAGAAUUCCCCAGAACCAAGCAGGAAUAAAUGCAGAAAAAUCGGAUCCAAUACUAGGUUCAAGCAGCUAUCUUGGAUACUAUCAAAGCAUGCUGCAGCCAGAAGACAGAAGUAGAAACUACUCUCAAAUGAGUUAUAGCGAUAUCAGUUCCUUUAACCAGAAUGGCACAACUACUUCAUUUGUUGGACAUGGAGUCACAGUUCCUCUGCAGGCUGUAAGUGGAGGAUUUAACAUUCCAAACCAAUUUGACUUGGAAAGCCUACCCAGGAAAAAUAGUAAUACACUUGGUCUGUCAAUGAAUGGAGGAGCUAUCAGGUUUUCCGGUGAAGGUUACUCUUUACCAGAACCUUACAUUGCCAACAACUUCCACAGCCAUUCAAAUUAUAGAGCAGAUGGCAGACUAAUGACAUACCAAGACAGUUUUCGACAGCCAAAGUAGGUUCUACUGUCUAGCUAUAAUAUCAGAAAAGAUGAAACUUUCAGGAUCUCUUCCAAGUUUUCUUGGCUGGUGGUUCAUUAGUUUAGCUGUUGCAAGAAGCAAAGUUGGGAAUUUUCAACAAUCCUUUGCCUAAAAACAUCAAAUAAGAUAAUUAUAUGUCGGCCUACAGAAUGGCUACGAUAACUGCUCCUUUUCACCAAAACUUUUCUGAGGCUAUGAGAUUUAUGAUCUUUUCUUUCCUAUACUAGGUUAAUUUUUUUUUUCUUUUCCCCAUGAUGGAGAUCUGAAUGUUCAAGGGUUUUUUCUGGUCCCAACUUUCUUUAGGUGUUUGUCUCUGUUACACCAUAGGUUUUACUACAGAAGAAGGAAAAUGAUGCAUCAAACAUGCUUCAGAUCUUUUUUUUUUUUUUUUUGAACUUUUUUCUUUAUGCUGAGAAUACUUUUCAUGCAAUUCAUUAUAAGCUUUGUUUUUUCUUUCUGUUUUAUCUUUUCUUAUAACCCUCAGAACUAGUAUUGGUCAAAAAAGGCUGCUUAGCAGCUGAAAUGCUAAAGCUACACUAGAGAAGUCAUGUAGUGGGAAUAUUAAUGUCACUUUGGUUUGGAUUUGAUGAAUCAGUGACAAAAGUGCAACUUUCUUAAUGGGAAGGUAUCAAUCACUGGUUCUGUUCUUUUGAA